CCGCCCAGCGCCUCCCCUGGCACCCGCUCGCUCCUCGCUGGGGCGGGACGUGGCCCGACGGCUCCGGUCACUAUGGGAUGGGAACAGCCCUGUCUUGUCAGCAUGUGGUGAUGCCAGGGUUGACACAGGAUGCACAUUCAGGAACUGGGGGUCAGGGGAGUGAAACAUCUUUCAACCUAAUAUCAGAAAAAUGUGACAUUCUAUCCAUUCUUCGGGAUCAUCCUGAAAACAGGAUUUACCAGAGGAAAAUCCAGGAACUCAGCAAAAGAUUCACCUCCAUCCGGAAGACCAAAGGUGACGGGAACUGCUUCUACAGGGCCUUGGGCUAUUCCUACCUGGAGUCUUUGCUGGGCAAGAGCAGGGAGAUCCUCAAGUUCAAAGAGCGUGUGCUACAGACCCCAAACGACCUUCUGGCUGCCGGCUUCGAGGAGCACAAGUUCAGAAACUUCUUUAAUGCUUUUUACAGUGUGGUGGAGCUGGUAGAGAAGGAUAGCUCAGUGUCCAGCCUGCUGAAGGUGUUUAACGACCAGAACUCCUCGGACCGGAUCGUGCAGUUCUUACGACUCCUCACCUCAGCCUUCAUCAGGAACCGAGCUGACUUCUUCCGACACUUCAUCGAUGAGGAGAUGGACAUCAAAGACUUCUGCACUCACGAAGUGGAGCCCAUGGCCAUGGAGUGUGACCACGUACAGAUCACGGCCCUGUCGCAGGCACUCAACAUUGCUCUGCAGGUGGAGUAUGUCGACGAGAUGGACACCGCUCUGAACCACCAUGUGUUCCCCGAGGCUGCCAUCCCUUCAGUUUAUCUGCUCUAUAAAACAUCCCACUACAACAUCCUUUACGCAGCUGAAAAACACUGAUUAAUUUUAGGCCAUGCCAGAGCCUGUCAUCUAAUGGACUGCAUUCUGAAUGGAACAUUCUGCCUUGGCGAUUUUUUGAGUGACUUAGACAACUAGAAAACAGAUAGCCUUUUGGGUAAAGCCACACUGAACUGAGACCUGUGCCCACUAUGGACUGUGAUGACUUAAUAGGAAUUUUAGUAUUUAUUUUGAUAGAUGAUAUAAUGCCUGCUAACUCUGGACUACAAGGCCAGAAACUCUGUCUCUGUACCCAUUUACUUCAAGAACCUCAUUGGACCUAUUUAUCUGGAAGAGGUUCCUGACAGUGUUGAUAUGCUGCUGUGUGAAAAUGGGGACCAUUGGGCUUGUCCUCAGCCAGGGCAGUGGCCUCAUAGGGGAGAAAAGCUCAGGCCAGCUGUCAUGUUCAGGUGACUUUACCAGACCUCUGAAGAGCCUAGUCCAGCUCUGUUGGGUGGGUCAUGGUAGACUGUCUGAAUGUGAGGCCGUGUGUCCUUUCCAUUCUGGUGGCUAUGCUGUCCCAUUCACUGAAGGAGAGGGAACAAAAACAAAGACUUUUACCAAAGUCCAGAAAAGGAUUUUGGCCUUCAGCACAAAGCUCAGGUUUUGAGGUCCCUCUACCUCUCAGGACCAGACAGAACUCCUUCAGGGUUCUGUUGUCAACCCCACCUGGAUAAGGCUUGCCAAGGACUAGGGUCUGUACCUGAGUCAGUGUGGCCAUGUCUGGGACCAAGGGGCUACAGCUGCCCAUCGUCCCCAAUGACUUCUACAAGUAGGCUCGAGGUAGUCGGCUGGGUAUGUGCAGCACGGACCUGGAAGGGCAGAGGACAGGUUUCCCAAGGCUCUUGGGUUUUCCUCAGCCCGGCUUCAUAGGCAGUGAGGCAGGGAAGGACAGACAAGCCAUAGACCUAGCAGCAGGGCCAUUUCCUCCUCUGCACAUGCUCCUUAAUUGCCACUUGCCUUGCCUUGCUGCCUCAAGACCUUUAGAAGUCUGCCUGAGGACACACCCAGCAGCUGCUGGCCACACCCUCCUCUAGGACAACCAUGGGACCAUGCCUGGCCUUCCUUGGUUACAGGGCUCCCUCAUGCUAUUGGUGCUACUGUGUGGUCUGCUGACAGCCUGCACACAGGGCUGGGACAGGAUCCUGAUCCUGAGCCUUACACAAUUCAGAUUUGUAUCUGUCCUUCUGUUUGGUUUAAGCCAAAAAAAAAAAAAAAAAAAAAAAAAAACCAAAACCAAAAACCCCAAAACAAAAAAAACCCAAGAUGUCUGGAGUGUGGAGUUUCCAAGACCACCCUCCGCCAACAUUUAGAUCCAAAUGCUCCAGCUAAGUGAGUCUGCCGCUGGCACAGGACUGUCAAUCUGCCCUCAUCUUCUGAUGUGUUCACUGUCCCACCGUGAUCUGGGUAUCUAUGGCAGGCAGGCUGCCCACAGCGUGGGCACCCAUUCCCACGACUGUCUUCAGCCAGUAUUCUCCGUUUCCAGGCUUAAUGGUAUGAGCACAGGGUGCCUGACGGAUGGAUGGUCUAGGCUGCUCCCCAGGACUUCUCAAGAGCCUGGGGACAAGGGGAUGGGCUUGAGAACAUGCUAAAGCCUGGCCGAGCAUAGCAAAUUCCUGGCUAGUCCUGCCAGCUCUUUCUAGAGGAAACAAUGGAGCGCAGGUACUGAGAGCUCAUCUUUGAAUCCUUCACUCUCCCAGAACAGCCAGUGGGGACAGUAACAGAGUGGUGCACACUGCAAUCUGUCUUCCAAGAACAGAUGCAAGUGCUGGGGCCAGCUGCCCAAGUUCAACUGUGUGAUCUUGGUCAAACGCCUUCACCCCUGGAGCAAGGAAGCACGCCACCUCAGAAGGGAACCGGGUCUAAGAGCCAAGUAAAUAGCCAUCCUGGGAAAGUCGGGCUUGGGGUUCCAGGAAUACCCAAGGCCGAGCCCUACACCCUCCCUCCCUCCAGUGGAAACAUCUUUCUAGUAUUAAAAGUUUCUAUAAACAA